AUGCAAAUCUUUUAUGUAAUUCAGGUUUCAUAAAUAUUUAGGAGACGGAUUCAAUCUUGUUACAACCAAACCCUAAACCCAACUUAUUUAUCGGCGUCCCAUCUCGUUAGGGUUUUUCGCCGCCAGCAAAGGGAUCCAGGUUUUCUGAAUCUCCUUCCCCGUUACUUGGAACAGCAGCCAUGCCGCCCACUAAGAAGACGAAGAAGAGCACCGAGAGCAUCAACAACCGGCUUGCUCUUGUGAUGAAGAGCGGAAAGUACACUCUCGGCUACAAAACUGUUCUUAGAUCCCUCAGGAACAAUAAAGGUAAGUUGGUGAUCAUAGCAAACAACUGCCCCCCUCUUCGUAAAUCUGAAAUUGAGUACUAUGCAAUGUUGGGCAAGGUUGGAGUCCACCAUUUUAACGGAAAUAAUGUUGAUCUGGGUACUGCUUGCGGCAAAUAUUUCCGGGUGUGCUGCCUCAGCAUCAUUGAUCCAGGUGAUUCUGACAUCAUCAAGAGCAUCCCUGGUGACCAAUGAGCAUGCCAAAAGAAUGCAUUCAAGUUGGUGAAGGUGUAUUAGAACUUUUUGUUUUAUAUCAUUUUUUUUAACUUGCCGACAAAUUGACAAUCUUCAUGCUUCCUUAACUGAUAACUCAAUUCAAUAUUCGGAAGCAUGAUUUUUUUUUGUCUUUUAUUUUAUUAUUUUAAUAACUCCAUAUUUAAAACAUUUUAAAAUGACUUG